AUGUCCAUGAGCUUCGUGUGCAUGGUGGAGACGGAGUUGCUCCCAGGGUUCCGGUUCCACCCAAGGGAUGAUGAACUCAUUCGUGAAUAUCUAGCACCGAAGGUCUUUGGCAGGAUCGGCUUCUCUGGACAUCAACCGCCUAUGGUGGACGUCGAUCUCAACAAGGUUGAGCCAUGGGAUCUCCCAAGGGCAGCGUUGGUCGGGCCUAGGGAGUGGUAUUUCUUCAGCCAAAGGGACCGAAAGUAUGCGACGGGGCAACGCACAAACCAGGCAACAGCAUCUGGUUACUGGAAGGCUACAGGCAAGGACCGUGUGGUGGAGUGUCAUGGCAUGUUGGUGGGGAUGAGGAAAACCCUUGUAUUUUACCAUGGCAGAGCCCCCAAGGGAAGCAAGACGGACUGGGUGAUGCAUGAGUACAGGAUGAUGGAGGGCUCACAUGAGCAAUCCUCCAACCUUUCCAAGGAAGAUUGGGUACUGUGCAAAGUCAUCUGGAAGAAGAAACCAGGAAGUGCCAACUUCAAGGCAAGAAGCCCAGCCACUGAUGGUCAUGGCACUACGACAGCCUCAUCACCACCACUGCAAACUCUCAUGGGCAUCACACUGGCGCAGGUUCAAGCUGCCAUGGCAAUGCCAAGGGCCAGCCUCAAAACCACCACAGCAAACUCUAAUGGGCAAGAAGAAAUCAGGUUGACACUGCAAAAUGGUGCCAGCAACAACAUUGUUGUCGAUGGUGCUCAGCAACCAAGCUACCUUCCUGUGGUGACAGACAAUGCCAAGGGUCAGCCUGACGAAAUGGGAAGCUACACUGAUCCUACUAUAAACUGUGACAAGGAUUUGCUGACGGUAUUGUUGAGAGAUCUGGGAGGUGAGGGGGUGCCAAGUCUACCACCGGAAAUGGCUGCAUCUGUGAGCUCGACCUGGAUGAUGAAUCACUUCUAG